AUGCAUUGCGCCAGAAGGGCCGACCCGAAGGGCAGAAAAACUUCGGUGGCCGAAAAACUCUUGGGCAAGCAAGUAGCUAGGGGGAAGAGGCCCAAAAACUUCGAAGAAGGUGCUAAGGAUACGGAGGAGGAGGAUGAGGGGGAUGAGGAGGAGGAGGAGGAGGAGGAGGAGGAGGAGGAGGAGGAGGAGGAGGAGGAGGAGGAGGAGGAGGAGGAGGACGAGGACGAGGAUGAUGAGGAGGAUGAGGAGGAUGCGGAGGAGGAGGAUGCGGAGGAGGAGGAUGCGGAGGUGGGGGAGGAGGAAAAAGAUGAGAAGGAUGAUGAGGAGGACGAAGAGGAGGAGGCGGAGGAGGAGGAGGAGGAGGAGGAGGAGGAGGAGGAGGAGGAGGAGGAGGAGGAGGAGGAGGAGGAGGACGAUGACGACGACAACGACGAGGACGAGGAGAGUGACGACGAGGAUGAGGAGGAGGAGAGGGAGGACGAGGAGGGGGACGACGAGGAUGAAGAGGAGGAGGAGGAUGGCGAGGGGGAGGAGGAGGAGGAUGGGGAUGAGGAGGAGGAGGAGGAGGAGGAGGAGGAGGAGGAGGAGGAGGAUAUGGAGGAGGAGGAUGUGGAGGAGGAGGAGGGGGAAGGGGCAGAAGAGGAAGAGGAGGAGUAUGUGGCGGCAGUGAAGCGUCUCCAGUGCCGCCACUUCCCCCUGUCCCGCCUGCUCCUCACGCUGCUGCUCCUGUAG